ACGGAGCUCUCCUCCAGUCAGAGAUUUCCGCCCCUGUCAUCUUGGACAGUUUGGAGCCCGGAUGCGCCGCCAUGCCGACUCUAUCAGCGAAUGGAAUAAUUUAUUCACCAACCUGCCUGCCAUUGGGCGACUAGGAGUUCACUGAAGAAGUCGACAAGACAGUUUGGAGGGCAGAGGAGCCCCUAACUGCGGGAUGACUAGUACGGGAUACCCGCGCUGUGUGUACUUGUUUGUUUGCGUUGCUUGCCACCGUUGUAUUGAUGUAGCUAGGAACACUUGAGUGCUAGCUACGCUAACGUUAGCUCGAGUCGAGAGAGUGCGCGGUAGUGACAGUCCGGCCGGAGGCGGGGAGAACUGUGAGAUGUUUUCUCUGACUUUCAGAUCCAGAAUAAUUUCCAUGUCUGCAUCAGUCCUGACAACCAGAAGUGAUGUCUGUUGAUGAGGAUACUGUAAAAACUGGCAGUCCACAGGCCAGCUCAACUUCAUCUCUGCAGCUAUCAGAAUGUACUGGAGGAUACAGCAAUAUAACUGUGAUGGUGGAGGGUACCGCUGCCACCCCUGAUUUUGCAGCUGCUUGUCCUGUCUCAGGCCCUGAAGCCUCUCCAAAACACAUCAGCGCGACUGAUGCACUUACCCAUUCAGACGAUGCUGGACAGGGUGCCAGAGGGAACGAGAAUAACAUCAAUCGCAGGAACAGCUUUCAUCAUUCCAAACAACAACAGCAACAAACAAAACUAACCAAGCGCCGCUACACAGCAACCGCUAGUUUCAAGCAUCCAACAUCUGGCAAGAGGAGACGAAGGGCCAACUCUGAGAGUGACUCCGUCCUGCCCACCAACUUCCUCCUGGGUGGGAACAUUUUUGACCCACUGAAUCUCAACAGCCUGCUGGAUGAGGAGGUCAACAGGGCACUCAAUGCAGAGACGCCCAAAUCCUCCCCGCUGCCAGCGAAGAGUCGAGACCCUGUGGAAAUCCUCAUUCCCAGAGAUAUCACAGAUCCACUGAACCUGAACAGCGGGAUAGCAGGCAGCAGCUUUUUGGUGUCCCCCUUCAAAAGUGGUGGCAGGAAGAGACACCGCAACAGACACCAUGGAGGAGGAGGAGGAGGA